AUGGAACCUUGGCUUAGAACAGCUCUCAUGGUACAAUGUGUUCUGGGAAUCAUUCUUUCUUUAUCAGGGUUUGGAUUUGUUGUGGAAGUUGAAUCACUCGGGAUAAAUUAUGGCCAAGUGGGCAACAAUUUGCCACCACCGGAUAAAGUUCUUGAGCUUCUGAAAUCACUAAGAAUCACAAAAACACGAAUCUACGACACGAAUCCGGAUAUCUUAAACGCAUUCGCAGGUUCUGGGGUUGAACUGAUCGUGACUGUGGAGAACGAUAUGCUUGGGACAUUGAUGGACCCACAACAAGCUUUGCAAUGGGUGACAACACGUAUCAAACCAUAUUUUCCGGCAACAAGAAUAACAGGAAUAGCUGUCGGAAAUGAAGUGUUCACCGGAGAAGACAUGACACUGCUGGAGAAUCUUGUCCCAGCCAUGGUUAGUCUUCAACGUGCGUUAGUUCAGUUAGGAAUGCAACAGUAUAUUCAAGUGUCUACACCUUCGUCAUUAGCAGUUCUCGCGAAUUCUUACCCACCAUCCGCCGGAACAUUUACGCCGGAGCUCAUAACCAUAAUGACGCAACUUUUACAGUUUCUUUCAAACACAAAAGCUCCAUUUUGGAUCAAUGCGUAUCCUUACUUCGCAUACAAAGAUAGCCCAACUCAAAUCUCUUUAGACUACGCACUUUUUAACCCGAAUUCAGGCAUGAUCGAUCCUCAUACAAGUAAGCAUUAUGACAACAUGUUAUACGCUCAAGUUGACGCGGUUAUAUUCGCGAUGGCUAGAUUAGGGUUUGGAGGGAUUGAAGUUCGGGUUUCUGAAACGGGUUGGCCAUCGAGAGGUGACCCGAAUGAAAUUGGUGCAACACCUCAAAAUGCAGCGAUUUACAAUCGGAAUUUGUUGAGAAGACAAUUGGGUGGUGAAGGGACGCCAUUGAGACCUAAAAUGAGGCUUGAAAUUUACUUGUUUGCUUUGUUUAAUGAAGAUAUGAAACCCGGCCCGACAUCUGAAAGAAACUACGGGUUGUAUCAACCCGAUGGAACCAUGGCUUAUAAUGUCGGGUUGUCGGCUUUAUCGACGGGUAUGAACCCUCCAACGUCCACUUCCGCGUCGACAUCAACGUCUUCAUCUUCUAUAUCGCUUACUUCCAUGGCUACCAAGGUGGAAAGAAUGGAUCAUCAUCGAGGCCUUUUGUGCUGGAUUUCUUUCUGUUUGGUAGCCAUGGCCACCACAAUGCCACCAUUUUAA